CACCGUCUUCACAGUGGAAAGUUGAUGGGAGCAAAUGUUCCCACCAGCUUCCCUUUGCAGAUCAGACGUGCCCUCAGCAUUCGAUUUAGCGAGUCUUAACUAGACCCGCUAAAUUGAAUGCCAGAAGAUCAAUCUCUGGCGCGUAAGUAUAAAUGUGACCUUAACCCUGACUGGAGGGGCUAGAUGAGAUGACCUAUUGAGGUCCCUUUUGGUCCUAAACUUAAAUUAUUCUAUAAGAAAGAAUUGGUGAAUUGCGGGUAAGGAAACAGGCUACUAAAAUACUGAAUGAUCCUUGAAUUAAUAACUCCUUUAAAAAGAACUUUUAUUGGAUGUAUUGCUCCAAAUAAACAUUUUCUAUUUUGAAGAAAAUCUUCAAGUGCUUAUGAAAAGUGAACCGUUGAUAGUGUCACUGAAUGAUAAUAUCUUCGUAUCAUGCAACAUCUCUGGGUAUGAUACACCGGAACUGGAUAUCAAGAAGGUGGGAGUUACCUGGUACUAUAAGACAGACAAUGCAGACACUGAAACAAAAAUAUUCAUAUUUCAUACUGGAGAGCAUAUUCCCUUUAGAAAAGGAGCCAGCAUGUCUGACAGUUACCUGAAAAGAGGAAAUGCUGCACUCUCUCUUCCGCAGAUACAGUUUAAGGAUGCGGGAAUAUAUAAGUGUUCUGUUAUUGUCACCCCUUCUGAGGCUCAUGGAACAUCUAUUUUACAGGUAGUUGCUCAACCAACUGUCAACGUGUUUCCAAAAGAAGUUACAAUAGAAAGCGAGAAGGAAAGGACCCUGUCGUGUGAAGUCAAUAAAUUCUAUCCAAAUUCAGUUGACAUUAAGUGGAAGAAGAUUUCAAGGAACAACCAGGACCAUCAUGUAGCAGCAGAGGAUAUCUGUACAGGAGCCUCUGUAGAAAACAAAGAUGGCACAUUUAAUGUCACUAGUAAAUUAAGGUUGCAACCAUCUUUGCAAGAUAAUGGAAAUAUAUAUAGCUGUAUCGUGAGUCAUGUAACAUUGCCUGCCAAGUUACUUCUCAACAUCACCUUGACUGUCACAGCCCCGAAGUCAGAUUUGAACAGUAUAAUUGGAGCAGUCAUUGGAACAAUAAUAGCCUGUAUUAUUGUGCUUGGUGUAAGUACCUACGUGUACAAUAAGCGUUUUAAGAAAAUUCCACCAACAGUAAUAGCAUUCAUAGGGAAUGUGGAAAUGAAACAUUUGGAAGAUGCUUUUUUGCAUUGUCAGAUUUCCAGCUUUCGUCCAAAACCUUUAACUGUGGAUUUUUUUCUAAAAAAGUAUCAACAAAAACAAAAGGAGAGAAUUUAUCAUUGGAACAGUGAAAAGGGUGACAUUGAACAAAAUGGGGAAAAUGCUGCUCUCCUGACUAUGUCAAAGACUUUUCAAUUUAAGAUAUGUUUGAGGUCACUAGAUAAUGGCACUUUUGAAGUUCCAUGUACCAUUCGAAUAACUCCAGACCUGCAUGAACUUGACAAGGCAGAGCUUUCUCUUGAAGUGACACACGAGGCUCUUCAGCCACGUCCUGCUGUUCAAACAACACAACUGAAGGUCAUAGCCAUGCCAGUGCUGGAUCCAGUCCUGUGUUCUACAGAUGUGCCAAGACCAGAUGAGUCUAUAACUUUGACUUGCAGAAUUCAUUCUUUCUUCCCUAAAACAAUUGAAUUGGUUUGGUAUAAAGACAAUGAUCAAGUGCCAGAGGAACCCUUCAUUAGCAAGGUGGAAACGGGGACAGAUGGACUUUUCUUCUGCACCAGCAGCUUAAAAUUACACCUUACAGUUGGGGAUAUAGGAAAGAGAUUCAUAUGUAAAGCUAAACUUAAAGGCUCACACCAGUACAAAGAAUCUUUUUGGAAGCUGGAAAAUUUGAUAUUUACUCCAAAUGUCUCUAACAUUGUAUGUGAGCCCUGUACCCCUGAGAACGGGAAAGCUGUCAUGUUAUCUUGCCAGGUGAGAGAUUACUACCCAGAGCAGUGUCAAGUGCGCUGGUUGAGAGGGUUUGAAGAAUUAAUUAAGGCUGCAGUUAAAACACAGGAUCCUCAGCUGGAUGCAGCAACAAAUCUGUACCACCAAGAAAGUCAAGUAACAUUUACAGCUGAACCUGCGGACCAUACAACAGAGUUCUUUAUUGAAGUCAGCCAUUGCGACAAAACUAUAAGACGGUCCCAUCCCCUCAUGUUAAAAGAUUUUCCAAGAGUUACAGAUCUUGUUCUUAGUCCACAUGAUGCAGAGUAUGGAAAACCCCUCUCCCUUACCUGCAAAAUCAUGGAUUUUUAUCCCAGCGAUAUUCAAGUCCAUUGGUUUCAGGAGAAUAGUGAGAUCAAGAAGGGUUCAUCAGUACAAGAGCCAAAGCAGGAUUCCGGGGGCCGUUUCUACACAUCUUCUGAUCUUCAGCUAAUACCCACUGCUCUAGAUUACGGCAAAAAGAUUGGCUUAAGGGUGAUACACAAGACUCUGACAAAGCCCAUUACAAAAAAUGUGUACCUAAAACUCCCAGCAAAAUCUCCUGUUGUUUCUGAGAUUAGAGCAACACCAACAUCACCCAAGGUCAAUGAGACUGUCUGUCUUGAAGUUUCCAUAUCAGAUUUCGCACCUGAAAAUAUAAAAGUUGCAUGGUAUAAAGAGUGGCUUAAGUUACCUACAGACAACAACUAUAAGACAGACACUUCAAUUGGAAAAAAUGGUUUAUGUUUCUGUACAAUAAAAGUUCAAUUUACUAUUGAUGCAUCUGAUGAUGGAAAAAUGUUCAGAUGUGAGAUUAUUCAUCCAUCAACAAACUCCUGCACAGAGAAAAUGUUUAUAUUGAAACUUGGUGGUUCUUCUACCAGCACUGGAGAUAUAGCCACUCUGACUGCAAAUCAGAACCACACACUGAGCCCUGGACUCAUCAGUCAAGAGAUUAACACCCUGAAGAUAGAGUGCACUACUAGCAACCCAAAGGCUGGUGAGGAUGUGACACUUCGCUGUUUUAUACCUGGAAGGACUGCAGACAGUACUUGUGUUUCCUGGUUUAAGGGGAAAUACCUCAUUGAAGAUGGAAUAGAGAACACAGACUGUGAGGAUGAAUCUGGUUUUAAUUCUUCUGUGACUUUUAAACCUGAAGAACAGGACAAAGAAUGUAAGAUGAGAUGCGAGGUUUUUAACGAUGAGGACUCUCUUGAGGAUUCAUACAUUUUAAAACUUGCCUAAUCUCCCUUCAGUGAAGAAUAUGGCCAAACAGCAAUUCUAUUUCAGUGUUUCAAGGGUUCAGUGAACAGUUACCCCAUUUAAAAAACAAACAAAACUAAACUUCUUUCGGGAAUUAAAACUUUAUCAUCGUAUCCGGAUACACUACUCAUGAAAACCAGGGCUUAAGAAAAUAUGGACUAUUCAGGACUCAAGAGCUUCCACAAGGCCUGAAGUUAUCUAGGCCACUUUCCCCCAUCCUGAAAUUAUUACUUAUUCCCCAUUAUUUACUUUGAUUUCUCAGCCAAAGACUGUAAUAAACCUCUGUGAGAACAAAGGAAAAUGGUUUUAACAGUGGAGUGAAUCCUUAAAUAAAAUACAUUUUCAU